AUGGCGCGGGUCUAUGCUGAUGUGAACUCGCAUAUGCCCAGGUCCUACUGGGACUAUGAUAGCGUCAACAUUUCCUGGGGCGCCUUGGAAAACUACGAGGUCGUCCGCAAGAUUGGCCGAGGAAAGUACUCUGAAGUGUUUGAGGGAAUCAACAUCGUGAACUAUCAAAAAUGCGUCAUCAAGGUGCUGAAACCGGUCAAGAAGAAGAAGAUUAAGCGUGAAAUCAAGAUCCUGCAAAACCUGUCAGGCGGGCCCAACGUUGUCGCUUUGUUAGAUGUCGUCCGAGACAGCCAAAGCAAAACCCCGAGCCUGGUGUUUGAAUAUGUCAACAACACCGACUUCCGAACCCUCUACCCCCGGUUCGUCGACUAUGACGUCCGCUACUAUAUCUACGAGCUUCUCAAGGCUCUUGAUUUCUGCCACAGCAAGGGAAUCAUGCACCGGGAUGUGAAACCCCACAACGUGAUGAUUGAUCAUGAAAAGCGCAAGCUGCGACUGAUUGACUGGGGUCUAGCGGAGUUUUACCACAAAGGCACGGAGUAUAACGUCCGUGUCGCCUCGCGGUACUUCAAGGGACCUGAGCUUCUCGUGGACUUCCAAGAGUACGAUUAUUCCCUGGAUAUGUGGUCGCUCGGCGCCAUGUUCGCCUCCAUGAUAUUCCGCAAAGAGCCUUUCUUUCACGGGCAAAGCAACUCGGACCAGCUGGUUAAGAUCGCCAAAGUUCUUGGAACCGAGGAGCUAUUUGAGUAUCUUGACAAAUACGAAAUUGAGUUGGACUCCCAAUACGAUGACGUUUUGUCUCGCUACCCCAAGAAGCCGUGGCACUCGUUUGUCAACGCUGAGAACCAGCGAUUCGUGAGCAAUGAGGCCAUUGACUUUCUGGACAAGCUGCUCAAAUACGAUCACGCGGAACGUCUCACAGCACAGGAGGCUAUGGCCCACACUUACUUUGACCCGGUUCGCGCAGCACAGGCGGGCCAAAACAGCACCGCCACGCAACACUCUUAA